AUGUCCACGUCGGCCUCGACCGCCGACUCAGACGGCGAGGUGCAGUCCCGCACCCAUCAGAGUCCCCUCGCCUCCCAACGCACCCAAGUUGAGAACCCACGAAGAUCUCGCCUCGAGAACCUGUUCCCUUUGUCCUACAAACAGGGCUUCUCACAAUGGUGGACUGCUCUGCCCGCCGCUCAAGCAGAGCACCGUGUGCUCUCGUUCGUGCCACAUUUGCAACAACCACCCACCCACGCAAAGACAGGCUCUGCGCCUCCCUCCCAGAAUAAUUCCACCAUCACCAUUGACACGACUGCCUCCCCAGAAGCCACCACCUCCACGAACUCAAUCACAGAUCCAUUCGGUCCUCGAACAUGGCACUCCCGCCUCGUCUCUCUCUCGGGAAAGAACCGCGCAUUAAACGAAUUCUCGGUCGUACGCAACGUCCCCGAGGAAGGCGAUCCGGAGCAUAAUCUGGUCAUUCUGCACGGCUACGGGGCGGGUCUAGGUUUCUUCUACAAGAACUUUGAGCCUCUCUCCCGCGCUCCAGGGUGGCAACUCUACGCAUUAGAUAUGCUCGGCAUGGGCCGCAGCUCGAGACCGCCCUUCAAGUUAAAAUCCAAGACGAGGGAGGCGCAAAUAACCGAGGCCGAGGAUUGGUUUAUCGACUCUUUGGAGGAGUGGCGGGUGCAGAAGAAGAUCGACAAGAUGACGCUUAUUGGGCACAGUAUGGGGGGAUACAUGGCCGUGUGUUAUGCAUUGAAAUACCCCGGGAGACUGAAUAAAUUGAUCCUGGCAAGCCCCGUGGGAAUACCAGAAGAUCCUUACGCCACGCACGCCGCGAUGCCGCCUCCGCCAGACUCGGCGAUGCAGAAUGAGGCCACUGAAAGGGAAGCCCAGUUGAAGCAAAAGCCCAACCCAAACCGCCUCCCGGUUCAAGAUACCUCGUCGGCAGAAAACUCGUCAUCCGAAGAGGCCUCGACCCCUCCCCCACGUCGCCCUCUACCGAAAUGGCUCACCUACCUCUGGGACGCGAACAUUUCGCCGUUCAGUUUCGUCCGAUGGUCAGGGCCCCUAGGGCCUCGCCUCGUCUCGGGGUGGACAUCUCGGCGUUUCUCACAUCUGCCGUCUGAAGAGGCCUUGGCAUUGCAUGACUAUAGUUACUCUUUGUUCCGGCUGAGAGGCAGCGGGGAGUACGCGCUCGCCUACAUCUUGGCUCCGGGAGCAUUUGCGAGGAGUCCAUUGAUUAGACGGAUCGGAGCCGUGGGGAGACAGCCUCUGACGGCUUCGACGCACGAGAUCAGUGAAAACGGCCAGCUAAAGCAGUUUCCGGGGUCAUCCUCAAUUGCACAAAACGACACUACUUCAUCAUUCACCCCAUCCUCGGCCGCAAAGGAUCUAGCGCGAGAAAGGGGCAUCCCGGUCGUGUUAAUGUACGGCGAAAACGACUGGAUGGACGUCUCGGGAGGGUAUGCGGCCAAGAAGAAGAUCGAUGCCGAAACAGCUCGCGCUCUGGCCGCCGCGUCGCCCGAAGAGAGGGACCAGGACCACGGGUCCGCCAAAGUCGUCAUCAUCAAGAAUGCCGGACAUCAUCUGUAUCUUGACGGUCCGGACGAGUUUAAUGAGGUGAUCCUCGCCGAGAUGGAAGAUGUGAGAAGGCGGACUUGGAGGGAGAAAGAGAGGAUAGAUUGA